CAGGGGGUUCUCUCCGGCUGGAGGCCCAAGACAAGAAAAAGGGCACCGUUAAGGAGACCACGGAGGAGGGUCUAAGCUGCAAGCAGCCAUGAACUAUAAAACUACGUCUCUAGAAACUACACAUUCUAGAAGACUCACUGUGUCCCUAUCUUGAGGAAGACUACCACUUUGGAGAUGGAUUCUACUGCUGCUGCUUCGAAAGAAAAUCUUCAUGCUGCUUCAGAGACUCCAGGACAGACUGAAAAGAUGAUUGCUCCCUUGCCGAUUCCACAGAAACCUUCAACUGCCGCUUGGACCGCUGCUGCUCCACAGAAUGCCCAUCCAGGAACAGCCUCUAAGAAGACCCUCCACGCUUCCAGGACAUCGCAGAUGAGCAGCAUCGAUUGAAAAAGCAGCAUCUCCUUGAAGAAAACCCGUGGAGAUACUGCUGCAGGAAGAUCUUGCACCUCGAGGACGGCCUUCCGGGACAUCACAGCCAGGACAAACAUCAUCUCACCUGCUCUUCAGGACAAGGAUGCCCCAAGAACUUAUCCCAUCUCCUCCACUGCCCAGGAUCCUCAUGCUGGUCAUUGUCCUGCUGUGCUGGAAGGUACCUCAACUGGGAAGACCAGCGUCUCCUCAGAAACCACCCAGAUGGACUGCAACAUCUCACUAGAUGCCUGCCCAGCCGAACCUCUCCAUACUACUCUCCCAGAGCAACCAGAACCAUCUAGUGAAUCCGCUGAUAUGACUGAAGCCAAUCCAACAGAGGGAGAAGGAAAGGAGAAUGAUUGCAUCUAUCUCCAGUAUCCCCUCCCUACAGACAUGCUCCUCUGCCCCUUCUGCUAUCCAGGCGGAGGAUUUCAGUACAUUGGCAAUCUCAGCAGACACCUCAAGAGAAUCCAUAGCAAGCGGAUCACCUUUCGAUGUGCCCUCUGUGACCUGCCUUUCGAGAUGCAGAAGAAGUGUAAGUCUCAUCAAGUCACCUUCAAAGGACAUCUUGAACUGGAAGAGUUCAGCUCUACCAGUCUAUAUUGCCGCCACCCCAUCUCUACUCUGAAAGCAGAAACACCACCUGCUCCAGCUCCGGCUUCCAACUCCCCAAACACGCCGGCUACUGCAUCCCAGCCAACUCCCACAGAGCCACAUCAUGAAAAAGAAAGAGAACGUGCUUCCUCAAAAAUCCCUAACGUGGAUACUGCCAAGAGGAGGAUCAGCACUCCCUUGCAGCUUAUGUAAGGCAACUCCAUCUCCAGACGGCUUGGUGCUUCCUCGCAGUACGUCCAUCACAACGCUAUUGUCAGAAGGGUCAGCACCCCUCCACAGGUAACUUCACAGGAUCCUGUAGUCGGAAGAGCUAGCACUACGUCACAGGCCACCCACCCGCUGCCUCUAAAACUGUCCUUCCUAAAAGGACCAGUGCUGCCCUAAAAUCCAUAAGGGAAGAUGCUGCCCUUGUUCUGGAAGAUCCGGCCAAAUGCAGUUCUCAACACCAGGAGGGAAAAAAGCAACAGGCUAAUCCCACAGCAGUUUUCCAUCUUGAGCCUGCGGAGAUUUGAGCAGCCGGAAGAGCAACAGCCCAUGGUGAGGGCCGCCACACCAUGGCAAGCCGCUUGGAUGGAGGAGUUAGUGAAGACAGCCUCCUUCGAGGACUUUGACCGCUUUGUAGACAAACACAAUUUCUGCAGAAAGAUCUUUAGUGAAUCUGGGAGGUAGGGAACUCAGGAGAACACACCGACUGCGCACAGAGCUCCUGCAUCCAGACAGACCCACAACAACACGAGGGAAGCCAGGAGAAGAACAUCAGUCGCCGCUGUGACCCAGCAGCAGCAUCCAGGAGCUCUAGCAGUCAAGCCACCCUAAAGCUAUGAAAGAGAUCCUUAGGGGGCCCUCAUCCUGCUGCGCAAUCCUGACCAAGAGACUAUUCUUGUACUUUAAGGGGGUUUUUGACCAUGUAGCUCAGAACGACGCAAAGUGUCCAGAGUGCCUUCAUCCUUUACCCCGGGUUGACUAUGCAGAGGACCUGGAACAAGACUUUACAUCACAGGAAGUAGUGACCAGACUCACAAAGACCAAAAACACAGCCCCAGGAAAAGAUGGCAUUCAUUACAACUUCCUGAAAAAAUGAGACCCUGGUUGCCUGGUACUAACUGCCAUUUUCAACAAAUGCAAACGGUUCCGCCAUACUGCCAGCUUCUGGAAGAAGUUGAUGACAGUGCUCGUCUACAAGAAAGGCGAGUGAGACGACCCCAACAACUGGAGACCCAUCUCUCUGUUCCACCAUGUAUAAACUGUAUGCCAGCUGCCUUGCGGCUAGGAUCACAGACUGAUUGGUGAACGGAGGAUCCAUCAGCUCCAUCCAGAAAGGCUUCAUGUCAUGCGAAGGCUGCUGUGAACACAACUUUGUUCUUCAGACUGCCAUAGCAUGGCUUGACCUGGCUAAUGCUUUUGGAUCGAUGCCCCACCAGCACAUUUUUGACAUGCUGCGAGAGUUCAGGAUACCUGAAAACUUUCUCCAAGUGGUCCAGGAACUGUAUGAAGGCUGCACCACCACUACCCGCUCCAUGGAAGGAGAGACACCUGAAAUUCCUAUCCGUAGCUGCACCCUGAGCCAAUCAUUUUUAACUUAGCCAUGGAGCUGCCCAUUCAAGCGAUCUCCAGAGGUAUAGGCGGUUUCGAGCUAUACGGCAACAGAGUGAAUAUCCUGGCCUAUGCAGACGAUCUGGUCCUGAUUGCAGCCAACCCUGAGAGGCUCCAACAAAUGCUUGACAUCACCAGCCAGGCUGCCAAUUGGAUUGGACUCCGUUUCAAUGCCAGGAAGUGUGCAUCCCUGCAUAUCGAUGGCAGUAGAAGGGAUUCGGUCCAGGAGAAACCAUUUCAGAUCCAGGGUGAACCCAUGAUCUUCCUCGAAGAUGGGCAAGCAUACCAACAUCUUGGCACGCCAAGGGGUUUCCAUGUCCAGCUGACACCUGAGGAUACCAUCACGGAGAUCCUAUGAGAUGUGGCCAGGAGCGACUCCUCUCUACUGGCACCGUGGCAGAAGAUUGAUGCCUUGAAUACCUCCCUGAUGCCCCGUAUCUCAUUCUCCUAAGGUUAUCUGCCAUGGCGAAGGUACCUCUGAACAAGGCAGACAGCACCAUCUGGCAGCUGGUGAAGAAGUGAAUGUUUCUUCCUCAGAGAGCCAGCAAUGUAUUGGUGUACAUCUCGCAAAUGCAUGGUGGCGCCAACAUCCCUCUAACAGGUGAUCUGUGCAACGUUACCAUGAUCACUCACACCUUCCACCUUCUGACGUGCCCGGAUGCCAUGGUGAGGAACAUCACGGAGAGUGCUCUGCAGGAUGCCAUCAAGAAGCGAAUCACCAGGACCCCUUCCAACCAAUAUGUCCUCACCUACCUGAGCGGCUUGCUGGAAGGUGAAUUUGGAAGAGACGGGAGACUUUGCUUCACUCUGGACUCGUGCCUGCAAUGCUACACGACUGGACUGGACUACAUGAGUGGCUGCCACUGGACGUGGUGCAAUGAACUCCAGGAGCUUGGAGACCUGGUGCCACAGGUGAAGAAUACAGAUCACACUAUCAUCACUCCAAGAGCUAGACCCAUGCUGGAGAGGACCCUGAAGGAUGCCACCUGCUGCCAAUACGUGGAAAACCUGAAAAGGAAGCUGGACCAGGGCAAGGCAUUUGAGGUGAUGUGCAAGUGUGAUGUCAGCAACCACUUCCUCCCCGAGGGCAGCUUCACCCAAUUUGCUGACUGGAGGUUCAUCCACAGGGCCCAGCUCAACUGCGUGCCACUGAACAGAGCCGUCUGCCACGGGAAUCAGGACUAGUGAUCCAGGAAGUGCAGAUACGCCAACAAGACGCUACCCCAUGUCCUGUGUAGCUGCAAGCCCCAUUCGAGAGCUUGGCAGCUAUGACACAAUGCCAUCCAAGAUUGCCUGGCCAGAGCCAUCCCGCCACCUGUGGGGAAGGUUGCCGUAAACUCCACCAUCCCCAGAACCGACAACCAACUGUGACUGGACAUCAUCAUCACCAAUGAGGACUGGAAGAAGAUCAUCAUGGUGGACAUCACAGUGCCGUUUGAGAACAGGACCCCAGCCUUUCACGAUGCCCAAGCUCGAAAGGUAGAGAAAUAUGCCCUUCUGGCCGAAACCUUGAGAGCUCAUUGUUACCAGGUCCAGACACGCACUGAUCGUCGGAGUCUUAGGUGUAUGGGACCCCAGUAAUGAGUGAGCGCUGAGAGAAUGUGGAAUCGGUCAACACUACGCUUGGCUGAUGCGGCGACUCAUGGUGUCAGACACCAUCAGGGGGUCGAGGGACAUCUACAUAGAACAUAUCACCAGACAUCGGCAAUACCAGGAGGAAUGAGCUGGAGUGCAGAUGAGAAGUGCAGUCAGGAAAGUAACAAAUACUUUCCUCAUGGAUUAUAUUUUCUAAAUGGACAACCAACCUAAUUCUCAAUUACUGAGGGACAAUCUCCAUGCAUUGAUAUAUUUUGCUUUCCACAACCAAAUCUUUGUACAACUUUUCAUGAGUGAUGUACUCGAGUAUUCGGAUUCUAUUAUGUAAACUGAAUUGUUAAAUCUAUUCACCUAAAUUUGAGUUAUAGCUGAUUAUGUACUCUAUGUAUCAUAAAACUUUUAAAAACAAACUUUGUAUUUGUGGAUAAUCUAAGCACUCUACUCAGAUGUACAGACACUCUUUACUCAACCUAUGUAUUAUAUAAUUUUUUUAACAUUAGUUUUAAU